AUGGACCUGCCUGCCCCGACCUUCUCAUUCUCGAUUCCUUCAAUACACGACGGCGUCAAGCUGGAAUGUCGAGUUUAUCUUCCCAAUGAGCUCCGAAAUAUACAAUCAGCACGAGCAUCGACAUCCACUGCAUCUACUGGCAGAUCAUCAUGGAAACCCCGAGGAGCUAUUAUCGCCCACCCCUACACUCGACUCGGUGGCUGCUAUGAUGACCCCGUAGUGAGCUUCGUCGGUGGCGAGCUUCUGCAGGCCGGCUAUCUGGUGGGGACAUUCAAUUUCCGUGGCGCGGGGGGUUCUGAGGGGCAGACCAGCUGGACUGCCAAGUCCGAACUGGAAGAUUAUGUCUCAUUCUACGGGUUUAUGCUGCUAUGUCUACGGCAGUUGAAUAAUGCCAGUAGCCUCAUUGGCGGCAAUCUGCUUGGUCUGACUCUUGAAUCUUCGGCGCUGCCAGAAGAAGGCGACAGCGAUAUCCAGCUUAUUCUCGGAGGAUAUUCGUUCGGAUCCCUGAUUGCCUCGCAUGCCCCAGAUGUCGAUGUCAUACUGGAGUUAUUCGGAUCCGACUCCAACACCGAUCCGUCCACACCAAUCAACAAGAUUGGCAGAGUCGCUAGGAAGAUCGCUGCUGCAUCCACGCGGCACUUCAACCCAUCAAAUCCAGAUGUCCUCGUAGGGCCAGCUACAGAUACGGAUAUAGGGACAGCUGACGACUCCCAGCCCCGUGCUUCACCAACCAUGUCCAUUGCUUAUCUGCUCGUGUCACCUCUCCUCCCACCCGUGAGUCACUUUCUGACGUGCUUCUCCACCCUGUCACUGAACGUGGGGGUGAAAGAAGGCCAGGGAAGGUUAGUCCACACCCGGCCCGAUCACCAGCUGAGCACACACAGUAGUCUGGCGCUGUAUGGGGAUGGGGACACAUUUACCUCAGCCCCGAAAUUGCAGCGAUGGUCAGCCGAGAUGGCGCGCGUGCCGCAGAGUCGGUUCCAAAGCGGCGAAAUCGGCGGCGCGGGGCAUUUCUGGCGAGAAGAUGGAGUGGAGGUGAAGGCGAGGGGUCGCUUAAGGGAAUGGUUGAGGCUGAUCGGAUCUGAUCGAAUCGAAUAA